UCAAAUACAAAUUUCUCGUGGUCGUUGAAGGUUGUUGCUAGUGCGCGCUAAAGAAAAGCAAAAGAAAGAAAAUAAAAGCAAAAGGCAAAAAAUUGAGAAACAAAAAUUCAAAUUGAUUUUGAGCAACACUCAACAAUAAACACGCUGGAUUAAAGUGUUUUUUUUUGUUGAUCAAAGUUAAACAAAUACAAGUUCCCAAAAAAACGCAACGACAACUCAAGCAAAAAAAAGUGCGUGUCAAGUGAAAGAAAAGUUCAACAACAACCAAAUAAAAAAAAACAACACUUUUUUGUGUUGAACAACAAAUUCAAAUAGAACAUUCCUCGCAAAAGUUAAACGGCAACGACCGUGUAAAAAGCCGCCAAAAUUCUACUCAAGGAGCGUAAAGCGAUCAUUUCGAAAAUGAAAUCAUUGACGGCCGUUUGUCAAACAGCAGGUGGCGCUACCUCCAUGCCGGCCAUGAAUCCAAAUGGACGCAUUGCGCGUCAUCCGCCGCAUCGCGGCGACGGCGAAAAUGCCGAAAUGAAAAUGUAUCUCUCCAAACUGAAAGAUCUGGUGCCGUUUAUGCCCAAAAAUCGCAAGCUCUCCAAACUCGAGAUCAUCCAACAUGUGAUCGAUUACAUCUGCGAUCUGCAAACCGAGCUCGAAACACAUCCCGAAAUAAAUAAUUUCGAUGCGGCCGCUGCCCUCAGUGGCGUCGCAGCCGCUGCAGCCGCCGGCAGCGUUGAUGAUGAGGACAGCGAAAUGGAUGAAUUGGAUGAGAUGGAAAUGAAUAUGGAUGGCGAUGUGCUUGCCAUGCGUUUGGCUGCCGAACAACAGGAGCAGCUGGCGAAAAUCUCUAGUCCCGCUGCAGCAGCGACGCGUCUGCCGCUGAUCGAUCGUCAGAGCCCCAACACAAUUCUGCCCGCCGCAGCAGCAGCAUCGGCAGCAGCCACCAGCGCAGCACAAACAACAACAACAGCAGCAACAGCGGCGCCAGUUCAACAAUCGUCCGAAAGCUUAACGACGCAAAACAGCGGCGAAAAGGACAGCAGGCAAUCGUAAAGCAGCUGAAUGAAUAUAAGAAGAAGAAACAGAAAUACUAGCUGUAGAUGGUGAUGAUGAAUUAGGAGGGGCAAGAACUACAACUAAAACUAAAUACACACACAUUUAAAAGAUACAUACACACACACACAUAUGAAUAGUGUAGUACAGUCAACUCUCCACUCAAAUAACUCAAACUCGUGUGAAGAUCUCCGCAAUAAGAAAGCAAAAAUCAAUUAAAAUACUUACAACUUACAUGCAUACAUACAAUACAUAGGCAAGGUAGCCACGCCCCCACAGUGGGGCACAGUGGGUGCCAAAGCAUUUCACACCAAUACAUUGAAAGAGUUUAGUUCUAAAUAAAUAACAAGCAAACCUAACUAAGUAGAUAUAAAAAAAGAAAAACAUUGUAAGCACUUAACAUUAUUAUUAUUAACUUGUAACUUUAAACGUUUAACAAUUAACUAAUAGCAGCAGAUAACUACGAAGUUAAUGAAGAUGACGAAGAAGAAGAAGAAAAACAAAACUUGGCAAAGCUUUAAACAAUUUAAUUUUUCCUUUAAAUGAAAUGAAAAAAAAAUGGAAUUUUUUGUUUUCUAUAUGUUUAGUUUAUUUUUUCGGUUUAAACGAUGAAAAACAUUGUUAAUUUUACGUAAAUCGAAGAUGAAAGAAGAAAAUGCAAAGCAGAAAACAGCAAUAAAAAAGAAGUAAAACAAAAUUCUAACAAUUUUUCAUUCUCAUUUUUUAUUUCAAUUACAAAUUUCCUAUUAAUUUUAAUAUAAUUACAAAACUAAACUACUAAAAUAUGAAAGUCGCUUAAACAAAUUCUUCCUAUUAUGAUUAUUAUUAUUUAGCCAGCCAGCAAAUUGAACAACAAUUCAUUUAAUUUAUAAUAUACAUUCAUACACAUAUAUUAUUUAUGCUUAAUUUUCUCAUACCUCAAGGAACAAUUUGUUUAUCAUAUUAGUUGAGCGCAGGUUUUUCACCUCAGCUCCCCCAUUCAACUUCCUCUUUUAAAAGUGAAAUCAACAUGAAAACUUGAAUAUAAUAAUAAUAAUAAUACAUAAUAUUAAUAAAUAUAUAAAUAUAUGUUCUGUGAUCUGUAGCAUACUUUGUACAAAGUGUUUUUAUAGCGUAAUUAUGCGUUUUACUUAUAUUUUAUGAUUUCGAAAAGAAGAAAAUUCUGUAAAAUCUUAAUUAUCAUUUGUUUUUUUUUUGUGUUUCCUCCCCCUUUAUCAAUGAUGUAACAUAUUGAUUGAAAAGAAUGCAAAAAAAAUGAAAAACAUGAAAAAGAAAAAAGCAAAAGUAUAAAAACAACAACAACAAGAAAACAAAUUAAAUUUUAGCUCUUACAAAAUAAAAAUUACAUUAUAUGGAAAAAAAUGAAAAUUUCAUCAAA